UUCCAAGUCAACUUCCUUGAUUCAGCCAAGUCGUUACUCCUAUAGAAAUCUGCAGAAUGAAGACAGGUGUUCAUCAGCAUGCAUCCGGAACUGUACGGGCAGAUGUAUGCAUGUAUAUUUUCAAAUCCUUGAGAGAGGGAGCUGCUUAAUGUUUCGCCUUUGCCACCACUAAGUAGAGGUAGGUAUAAAACACCCUCCUCUACUCUUCUUUCCCCGUUCCAGUUCCUUCGUUUGAUCUAUCCUUCCAGCAUCGAGUACCUCGGUCAACCAUCAACAUUCAUCCACCAGGAACCUGACCAUCGCCCGUCAUGCUUUCAUCCUUCUUCCGGACCGGUCGUUUUGCACUCCGGCCCAAGACUCCCUCCCGACAAGCUAACCAUGACAACCGCGCCAAUUUCAUCAAGGGCCCGGGCCGUGACGUCCAACGCCUCACAUCCCACGGUGGAACAAACGCCCAUGAGACUGUUCAGCAGCCCAAGCGCACCCAGAUUGCCGUUGACGGUUUUACAUCGACCACGUCUAACCACUCCCCCAUACCGAACAACGAUGAGCCUUUUGGUCCUGAUGUUGGGCUACACGUACAUCAAGAAGACUUUGAUGUCCCGACGAUUCACAAUCUUAUCAGACAGGGCACGCUCAGGCAGCCACCCACGACAAACAUGGCUCGAUUCAAGUACUACAUCGAAUCUUUCCAUUACCCCGUCCACGUCUCCCGGGAACUCACAAUGCUUCGAGUUGAUGUGCCGAGGAACACAGAGUGGCACAUUCAACUUCGCCACUUCUUUGUCGACCUAGACCAGCAGCUUCAAGAGCUUGAGCACUAUCUCUCCUCGUCAUCCUCUUCUGACGAUAACACGAACCUCACAGACACCGCCGCCCUAGCAAACUGGACCUCUUACGAAAUCCCCAACACCGAAUUGGAACCAGCCAUAUGGUUCUAUUUUACCGACCCAACUGGCACAGAACCGAUCACCCCCCUCCGAUGCUCCCAACGGAGGAUUUUCUCGCAGCGGAGCGCCAAGGGGGAUGGAAAGCAGCUGACGGGUCGCUGGCUCGUAGUGGCCUACGUUUUUGCCUCUACGCCCAAAGCCAUGUUCAACAUGGACGUCAAAACCCUGUUAUCAACGGGCUGCUCCGGUACCAUGACCGCUGCCCAUGGUACAGGCUCAUGCUCAGGUGCAGGUCCAAUUACCCACUACAACACUGACACUAUGCUGGCUCUCCGUGCCCAGUCCUGGGACCCGCACAACUGUAUUCGUAGUGGUGACGGUCCGGCGACUGGCACAUUCUACCAGCUUGAGCGGAGAAAGAAGUUGGCAUCCGAGCUUUACAUCUAUCGGUAUGGCGGUGGCGGCGGCAUAACAACCUCAACGACAACAACAACGACAACAACAACAACAACAACGACCUCAACGGCCUCAACUCCUAUCCUUGUGGAAAUCGAAGACAAGGCUGCUGACACCACUAUCACUUCCACGACUACGACCACAAAGAAGACUGUUAUCGUGGGGGGAACGGAAACCGGCAACCCGGAAGACGAAACGGAGAUGUUUCCUACCGUCUACUACGACCCCUACCUAAAAGGAUGCAACCCAGGCGAAACUAACAUCGAUGCUGUCCCUAUCGGAGUACCUAUCCCCCAGGAACUCGAGGACCGCUGCCAUCGCAUUGAUCGGCUGUGGCCGGCUUUGAUGACGGGUCAGUACACAGUACCUCCACACGCGACGACGGAUCUUGACGGCCUUGUGUGGGAUUGGACCGACGAUUAGCCCAAUACUUCUACCGAGUGAGAUGGACACAUGUAUGGAUUCAACAGCGGCCG